CGGAUUGCCCUGAAACUCCUUGCACUGUCGAAUUCCAUUGCCUACAAUGGCCACCAGUAUCCACGUCAACGCCCUCGACGGCAUCGUCCACGUGAACUCCCUCUUCACGCUCGCCGUUUUUCUGGGGAUGACCUGGAACCCCGCGGACCAAAUCGGCUCCAACCCGUCCCUUAUUACAAACCAAAACUGUUCUCCCACCAACAAAAUCGCGGAGGACCUCGUUUCCUUCCAUGUCUACUCCUUCAGCUCCUUCCUAUUCUCCAGCAUCAUCGCUUUGGCCCUCAAGCAAGCCCUCCAAAUCUCCAAAACCGAGUAUUUCGUCACUGAGUUCAGCUUCCUUGCUAAGAUAAAUAAGAAUUUGCUUCAGAUUGGGAUGUUGGUCUCGGCUGUGGGCUCUGUUUUCGGAUGCGGAUUCUUGAUGCUGGCUUUGAUUAAUGUGGUGCAGAUCAAGCUGGGAACUUUGGCUUGCGGAACCAUCUACGCCUUUGCCGCCGUGGUGCCGCUGGUGAUUUUAGUCCCGGUCGCGCUCUUCAUCUAUGUCUGCCUAGUUUUGUACUCUUUCAUUCGUUAGUUUCUCUAGAUGUUCUGUUGUUUUCUAUUCUUGUUGUUGUAAGUUGUAUGAUUUCAGUGAAUUGCAAUAAAUUGUAAAAUCUUGAUUUGCCGAAGUAUGUGAAAUUAAAGAGUUUCUGAGUUUUUUUAGUCUGUAAUUUGCAAGAUUUGAUAGGGUUCUUGUAACGCCCCGAAUCUCAACUGUGAGUGAAUAUGAUUUGUAAAUGAUCACUUAUUUCUAAUAAGUUGAGUUUGAACUU